AUGGGAUCUGACCCGCCGGCGUCUGGUUCGGCUCUUCCUCCUUGCCUUAAAUCCAAUCCCUCCCAGAAAUCUCCAUGGUUUGCACCUUCAACGAACAGCCCUGCCCGAAACUCUGUGUCAUGCGAAGUCGUUAAUGGCAUCGCAAAAUUUACCAUCCCAGCGUAUAUUCUUAGCAAUGCUCAGCCUCUCUGGACUAACUACAUCGUUGGUUACUUUAUUGGGGACGCCCCUCACAUCAGAAAGGUUCAUGCCACGGUGAAUCGUCACUGGUCAAAUCAGGAAAAACCAUCGAAGAUUGAUGCUCAAUUCAUCAACUCGAAAACGGUUCUCUUUCGGAUCAACAAUGCCCAGAUCAGGGAGAGAGUUCUCAAACGCCAUUUCUGGCACAUCUCGGACAUUCCCCUGGUGGUGCAAGAGUGGAAUCCCAGAACGUCCUCUCACAAACCGGAUCUCUCUGCUAUGCCUAUUUGGGUCGAUCUUCUCAAGGUGCCAGAUUCCUUAUAUUCGGAGAAAGCUUUAAUGUUUCUUGAAUCAGAAAUCAUCAUCCCCAUUAGCUAUCCUUGGCUUCCUCCUCGCUGCUCUCGAUGCCUGAGUUGGGGUCACUUGGAGAAGGAAUGCUCGCAGCUUCAGAAAGGAGCAUCGAUUUCAGCUGAAGCCCGUGACUCUCAUAUCCGUGAAAGCCCUCUUAGACAUUCCCAAUGCGCGCAGAAUGUGCAGUCGGACCUACGGGGAGAUGAUCACAUUGUUACUGCGCCGGGAACAACUGAGAGAGUGAAAAUUCAAGAGGAUCUCGCUCUUCCGGAAACCGAAACCUUUGUGGUAUCAGUCAAAGAUCAGGAAAACAGUGGAACAAUUACAAGAGAGACAGAGAUUCCUUGGACAGAAGUGUCUAAAACAUCUCGACGUUCUCCUGCCAAACAGAGAGAAUCUUCAAAGAGCCCUACAACUUCCCCAUCAAAAUUUAAUGUCCUGGCGAAUUUAUCCGAGGAAGAGGAUGAAGUGGAAGAGGGUGAGAUUCUGGGACAGAAGGGAGAACCCCCUGUAGUUGCAAAGUCCUCGGAGAAGGUGGAGAUGGAGCAGUUGGAACAGAGAGAACUGGCUCCUGCGGGUGGACGCAAUCAUAAAAACAAAAGUCUAAUAAAAAACGAUUGUCACAACAAAAUACCGACUUCUUUUCCAGCAAAAACAAAACAAAAAAGCUUCCGAAAGGAAGCACUAAUGAUCAUGUCGUCUUUCUUUGCGUGGAAUACCCGUGGUUUAAACAAAAUGCGCAAACACAAUGUUGUUCGGUCUUGGGUUCAGACUGUUCGUCCGGCUUUUGGUUGUCUUCUAGAAACGCUAGUUCAAGAAGCCACCUGUCCUAACAUUCUUGACACUGUUUUUACGAGGUGGAGUUCCACCACAAACUAUGAUUUCCACCGUAUUGGUCGCAUCUGGGUUAUCUGGUCUGAUGCUGUUUCUAUCUCUCCGCUACAUAAGAGCCCACAAGUCAUCACAAUUGAGGUCACUUAUGCAUCGGGUCUUUCAUUUGUUUGCUCUUGUGUCUAUGCCUCGAAUUUCAGUAAUGAUCGAAGGGUUCUUUGGCAGGAGCUUCGCGGUACUAAUGAGUAUUUACAAGGGAUAAAUACCCCUUGGAUCAUUAUGGGGGAUUUUAACCAAACUUUAUCUUCUGAUGAGCAUUCUAGAGCAGCUGACUAUUUGGGAGAUCAGUCGGCUAUGCGAGACUUCCAACAAUUUGUUACUGAUUGUGAAGUUAUGGAUUUGGGAUAUGUGGGCUCUCAGUUUACUUGGCUGAAUCAGCAAGAGGAGAACCCCAUUGGAAAGAAACUUGAUAGAGCUCUAGUUAACAACGCUUGCUCUAUAUUUCCUCAGUCUUUUGCUGCUUUUGAGACAAAUGGCAUCUCUGAUCAUGCGCGUUGUGUGAUCUGGCUGGACAACAAUGUUACCGACAAGCAUCACCACUUCCAGUUCUUUAAGUUUUUGGAGACCGUGAAUCAGGUCUGGAGAGAAACUCCUCCCUUGUUUCACUAUCGAUCUGCCCUUCACCGUUUUCACAGAAAAUUGAAGUCUUUGAAAGUUCAUCUCCGCGCACUUAAUCGUAGCAGAUAUGGGGACAUUACGAGAAGGACUAGCGAAGCUUUUGACAAUCUUUGCGAGAAACAGCAGCAGGCUCUCCAGAACCCUUCUUCAGAGAAUAUUGCUGCAGCUGAUGCAGCUUCUUCGCUUUGGCACCACUACUCUGAAAUUGAAGAGCGGUUCUUUCAGCAGAAAUCUAGAAUCACUUGGCUGAAAAAUGGAGAUUAA